AUGGAAAUGGCGAAGAGCGAUGUUUUCCUGCAAGGUCACCGACAUUCGCCAAAUUCGUACCAGUCCACGUUCUUCGAUUUCCCUACCAACUCACAAUAUCUCAUCUGCUACAUAAACAGUGGAUUUUUCUACUGGCGGUUCGAGCACCGACCUUCGAAAUCGUUUGCAAUCCCCUCACUCCAAAUCUAUCCCUUUCCCCAGGUGAACGAAAGUUCAGGAUCGCUCCAACUCGCAAAUCACGUUCUAAUGAUCACGUUCAUUUCAGGCUCUUUGGAGUUUUUGAAAACGGGAAAAGUCAAAAGCAUCUCGACCGUUCUGGAUCCGACGGGGACAAUCAAGGUAAUCAUGUAUUCUGGGCCCGAGAAGUAUCUCCCAGAGUCCGUGAUUGCUGAGAAUUCCUAUCGGCUUGGAUCCAUUUCCCCGUUUCAAGGAGCGGCCCUUUUUCAAACCGGACAGUUCUAUCUUGCUACCGUUGACUCCACGCACCAAGUGGACCUUUGGAAACGAAACGGAACCUUGUUCAAGCUGGAAUCCAAGUUUUCGCUUCCUAAUAAUGUUCUGCCUGAAAGCGUGAUGUCUCGCGGCUCCUUCUUUUGCUUUAUCACUUCCAGCGGUCUUCGUGUUCAUUCUGUCAAAGAGGGAGAGGUCUCCGAUGUCCACAUGAUGGAGAAGGAAACUCCAGGCCUAUCCUAUGUGUGCAACGAUCAGUUCGUCUUGAUAGAAGACUUGAACCAUCCCCUGCCCGUUCCCUUUAGUUCGAAAGGUUUGCACCAUCCCCAGGCUUGGAGCAACUCGAUCUGCAUCGAUUACAACGCCCCUAUUCUCUGUUUCUACGAGAUUCGGCAGUCCGAAAUGAAGCUUCAACGCUCCCUCGUGGUGGAGGGAAUUCGAAAGGUUCAUCUAACCGAUGAGGAGCUGAUUGCCCUGAGAGAGAAGGAUGGCAAUUCGAUCGUCCUAAAUAUUUAUGACUGGACCACCACCGUCUCGACCCUCGAACUCCGCCAGGAAAUCGUCAUCCCCAUAACAGCAUCAGGCCAACUCACUUGGAACCUGGCCGUGAAUAACUCGGGACGGAUGGUGGUGGUGGUGGUGAACGCGUUUCUCUACGUGUAUAUUAAAAGUCACGGACAGUUCGAAUACGUCGGACUCUCCUCCUUCGCACGCCCCAUUCUCUCCAUUGGAUUCGAUCUGGUUGGCCGCAUUGUGGCUGUAACGCCCGAUGGGAUUUGGAGUUCUCCGUAUACAGUUCGAUUGAAGAAACCUCUCCGCGAUGGCCAGAAAUGGAUCACGCGCUGCUCACUGGUCCGACUGCAAGCACUGAUGGACAUGUCGGUGCUGGAGCUCUCCUCUUCGGCCAGCGUCUCGCUCAUUCUUCUGCGAGCCGUCGAUCAUUUGGAAGCGUUGUUCAAAAUGGCGUGGAAAGGAGUCAAUCCGAUUCGAUUGCGACUGAAGCAGAGCUGGAGAUGGUGUGAAGAAGAGGAGAAAGUCAAGGAGGUCGUGGAAGUUCGCAAGUGUUUGGAUGCAGAAUGCGGAGAUCCGAUUUCGGAACCCGAGCUGAUUCAGCUCGAUCAAGCCUUCCAGUAUGUUCAGAUUGCUGAAUGGGACGAAGAAGAAACGGAACGGAUCCGAACGAUUCUUCGGAUUCUGCUGUGGAGGAAGAAGGCGAUUCAGACGAUGGAUCUGGACGAAAACGCAUUGCAGUACUUGCUUACACUUCAAUUAGUCGUCAAUCGCCUUCUGCCAAUCGAUUCGAUCCCAUCCUCUGCUCUUCUCUUUGCCUCCUUUUCGAAUAGCAAGGACACUUUGGUGAAUGAAGCCCUCACGAUCUUGGCAAAAGCGCGUCUUGGCGUGUCCACCACUCCCCUCGCCGCCUCAUCGCCCUCCACCUCCUCUCCACUGUCUCCCAGAUCCCCUCGUUCCCCUGCUUCAUCGGUUGUUUCGCCGCCACUAAACUGCAAUCCGUCGGAUGGCCUUACUGCUUGUUCCGAGCGCUAUCGAUCGCUGUUUACCUUCACGAGCAACCGCACUCAUUUCACGUUUGUGCCCGAGACGCCGACGGUUACGAUUCGAGAAGAUGAGGAUAUGAUGCAGCACAUCACAUGGGAAGAUAUAAGAGGUUCUGGACUUGUUAUAUGGUGUCGGAGUCAGAGCAUGUAUACCAAAUUUGCAUUGAAAAUCGCCGUGAAUCAAUACAAGGCCACCAAAGAUCCUUACUCGGUGGCGUUGUUUUAUGUAGCUCUGAAGAAAUUGCCACAGCUAGCGAUGCUGUUCAAGGUGAGCAAGCAAGAGAAGCUGCAGUAUUUCUUCUGUCGCGAUUUCUCGCAGGAGCAGCAUCAAAAGGCCGCCUUGAAGAACGCUUUUAUUCUUCAGUCGCGCCACGAUUAUCUGAAAGCUGCUGUCUAUUUCCUGCUGGCAGGACAUGUCGACGAAUCGCUCCAAAUUAUUGUGAAAUACGCACAUGAUCCCCAGCUCGCCCUCUUUUUAUCGGUGUUGCUGGAAGGAGAUCAUUCGCCGUCGUAUCACACCAUCAUGGAUCAUUUAAUCACGAUUGCCAGACAUCAGCGUGACUUGCUCCUCCAGGCCACUUGCUAUGCCGCAAUAUCGGAUCUUCGAGACAUGUUUUCGUGUCUGUUCUCCAUCGCUGACCCUGUAAACUAUCCGAAGCCGUCGGUGGAGAUUUCUCGCUAUUUCCUGGACAAUCACCAGCACUGUUCCUGCUUUCCUUCGCAUCCUGCCUCAGUUUUGUUCCUGGGCGAAAGUCAAGUCAUUUUUCUGCUUUUCUCCUUCCUGUCCAACCCGCAGUUCUCCCCGUUUCUCACUCCUUCGCACUCCGUCUUUCUCUCGCUGCCACGCCGAAUCAUCUCUUCUCUUUACAUUUCUCGCUCGGUCGCUAAAGCGCACGUACUGGGAGAUUCCGAUCUGCAUUCGAGUUCGCUUAAGGUUUUGGAUUCGCGUUUGAACUCGGAUUCCAAUGCAGAAUCCAAUUCGAAUUCGAAUUCUGCGAUUCAUUCGAUCCUAAGCACGGAUCCUCUUUUCCAGAAAAUCCCUCUACGCAGAAUUUCCGAUAUCAUCCAACUGAAUCAAAGGAACCUUCUUCGCUCCACCGAACCUUCCACGAGUUUCUUCCCGUCCUUCUUCUCUUGGUAUUUGAGCCACUCUCACGGACCUCUCCUCGAUCUCUUGACGGCGGUCUCGAUCACAUCCAGCGACGAUUUGGUCUCGGCACACCUUCGACUGCGCUUUCGGGAGUUUUUGUACUCGCUGUGCAUGGAAAACUGCCGAAUCCUCCGCCAGCUUCGCGACUACUCUCUUUCGCGCCAAGCGCCCAUCGUCUCUUUCGUCACUCUGCUCCGAAACUGCCUUCUCUUCCGGUCCGACUGGCUGAAUCUCCCGGAAGAAGCGAAGCAAAAGCUGGGCAUCUCGGAGUGCGACGUGGACGCGGUGCAUCUCGAAGUGUUGCUGGGCUGCGUUCUGGUCGCGUGGGAGAUGUGGGACGUGUCGCUGCUGCAGAUCGCAAUGAAGGCGCUCCACAACUUUGAUUUCGGGGUCUGGGAGAUCGCAGAACGUUUAGAAAACCAGUCCAUCGAAACCAGCCAUCUCGUUCUCGCCGGCGAAACGCCCACCAUCGUCGAAAUGACCACGCUUAUCGCGGUUAAUCUUCUCCGAGCCUCCGUCAUCGACUCGAUCGUCUCGAUUCUAAAGCAGCAAAUGGCGAAGAGCGCCGCCUUUCUGGACGAGUCCGUCAGCAGGCGAUGGAAGGACCAGAUCUCCUAUUUGGAGCAGUGGAAGAAGAACCUGCUCGGCUUGAUGGUCUCCUUCGGACCGGGCGAAUUGGAGAAGGGGCGCGAGCAUCUCUCGCUCUACUUCAGUCGGUUCCUGCAGGGAGCCAAAGCGGCGUUUUCUCCGCCUUCGCUCCAGACUUUGUGGGAGCAGGAAGGAGGGAAGCAGGCGCUGAAAACGUUCGUAGAUCGCCUGGAUGGGUCGAGCUGCGGCCACCACAAAUACCACAUUCGUUAUAGCCAUAACGAGCUCGUGUGGAACUGGAACCACUCGAGUUGCACGGUGCAGCGUCAGGCGAACCGCACGCUGCGCAUCUCGAUCAACGGAAACCCGCUCGACUGCUGUUUCUCUGGUCGGUUUGGCUCACCUCCAGACGCCUAUCUGUCCAACACCUUUGAUUAUCAUCACGACAUCGACUGCUGCACGCGCCAAAUCGCGCAGCGGAAAGUCGUCGAUGCGAUCUGCCCCUACAUGGCGCUCCCCGCCUGCCUCGUCGCCUCGCACCAGCGCCAAGCGCUCUACCUCGACGUGAUCCGCCUUCUCAGCAAGGCGCAGAUGAUGAACGUCUGCUACCUCCCCUGCCAGGAGAAAGCGCGCCAUCUGAUCUGCAACGUCGCCGGCUCGCGCGUGGUCGCGGUGACGAAGAAAUCGCGCGGGAUCCUCUUCGACGUGGAGAACCAGAGCGUGGACCAGCAGUAUUCCUUCGCCGAGCGCGGCAUGCGCUGCGCCUCGUCGGGCUUCGUCACCACGAACGUCGGCUAUCACGCCGUCACCAGCCGCGUUCGGCCGAUCGCACGCGUCUCGCUGUUCGACUACCGGCAGGAUUGCUCGCUGCGGUGCAACUGCGCGCUGAGUUUGGAGCUGCCGACUUCGCUGUAUGUCGACGCGUUCUCCACGGCGUUCGAUUCGAAUUUGGUGCUGUCGACGAAGCUCGGACUGCUCAGCAUCGAUCUGCGCCAAGUAGGGAUUCGGAGGAGAGUGAGCGAACGAAGAAACAAGCCGUCGGACUGA